AUGGCUUGGCAGCUGCAGGAGCUAAACGGCUUGUGCCAGGAGGCUGGCGGCCCCGCCCGGCCGGUGGAGCAGACAGUGCCACCUGGUGGCCGCGUGCAGGCCGGAACCCUAACCACCGCGGGAACCCGGCCAUCCAGGCGGACCCUGCGCCUGCCCAGGCCUCGGGGGCCCCCACCGCUCACUGCUGGUGUGCCCAGGGGCCCGUGGUCCCCUCGGGGUGGGGGCUCCGAUGAGCACAGUGGUCAGCAUCCUUGCAAUGCCACCCAGCAGUGGGGGCGCCUGCAGCUGUCUCUGGAGUAGGACUCUGGAAGCCAGGAGAUCAGGGUGGGCCUCCAGCAGGCCACGGAGCUGAGGUCCAGGGCUCCGGGUGGCACAGCAGACCCCUAUGACUGCCUGAGCCUGUCCCCGGACGCCGGGCGCAAGCACGAGACGAAGGUGCACCGCGGCACACUGUGCCCUGUGUUCAGGGAGACCUGCUCCUUCCACGUGCCGCCCGCGGGGCUGCCCGGCCACCCGCAAGUGCUGCUCCUGGACCGCAGGCGCCGCUCCCAGCACCGGCCGCUGGGCGCGCUCAGCCUGCUGCUGGGCUCCGUGGAUCUGCGGCACNCCAGGCCCUCAGACCUGGGAGGCCCCCUGACCCCUUUCGUGCGCCCAGACCCCUAUGUGAAGGUCCAGCCCAUGCUGAACCAGAGGAAGUGGAAGAGAAAGACGUCGGCCAGGAAGGGCACGGCCACCCCUUACUUCAAUGAGGCCUUCACCUUCCUUGUGCCCUUCAGCCAGAUCCAGGGCAUGGAUCUGGUGCUGGCUGUGGCCGAGCCUGUCGGCAAGGUGCUGCUGGGCUCCCGGGCCUCUGGGCAGCCCCUCCAGCACUGGGUGGACAUGCUGGCCUGGCGGCCCGACGCCCAGUGGCGCCGCCUGCAGCCGGCCGGGGAGGUGGACCAGGCCCUGGCCUUGCAGUCCUGCCGGCGUCUGCCCUUGCCCGGCUUCUGA